AUGGCACCCUCUAUAGAAGUUUCGAAGACUCAGUUACAGGCACCAGAGCCGGAACAUUGUCCGGGUCCGGAAUCAGAGCAAGCGGGCAAAGACGACGCGUGUGAGGGAUGCCCCAAUCAAGACAUAUGUUCUUCACAGCUACCUAAGGGGCCCGAUCCUGAUUUACCACACAUCAACAAACGUUUAGCGCAGAUAGACCACAAGAUCUUGGUUCUUUCAGGAAAAGGAGGGGUGGGGAAGCUGACUUUCACGUCUAUGUUGUCGUGGGCCCUAGCUGCCGACGAAGAUAUCGAAGUCGGAGCUAUGGAUUUGGAUAUCUGUGGGCCAUCGCUCCCUCGCAUGUUGGGAGCUGAGGGUGAGUCCGUGCAUCAGUCGAACUCUGGAUUGUCACCAGUUUAUGUCGCCGACAACUUGGGGUUGAUGAGCAUCUCGUUUAUGCUUCCGGAUCCGGAUUCGGCGAUUAUCUGGCGUGGUGCUAAGAAGAACGGCUUAAUCAAGCAGUUUUUGAAGGAUGUCAAUUGGGGGGAGCAUCUUGAUUAUUUGGUAGUAGAUACACCACCAGGGACGUCUGAUGAACAUCUCUCAGUAACAACGUACAUGAAGGAAGUAGGCAUCGACGGUGCACUCAUAGUGACGACUCCACAGGAAGUAGCGUUGCUCGAUGUGAGGAAGGAAAUCAAUUUCUGUAGAAAAGCCGGUAUCAAAAUCUUGGGCUUGGUUGAAAACAUGUCGGGAUUUGUGUGCCCCAACUGUAAAGGAGAAUCUCAGAUAUUCAAGGCAACUACCGGUGGAGGUAAGCAGUUGUGUAAGGAGUUGGAUAUUAAGUUCUUGGGCUCGGUACCUUUGGAUCCUCGCAUAGGCAGGGCCUGUGACUCAGGAGAAUGUUUCUUUGAUAGCUACGCUGACUCCCCUGCGGCCACGGCGAUCUUGGAUGUAGUGGAUGCCUUGCGGGACCAGGUUGAGCUUAAUAUGGGAAAAUUGUCUCUUCUGUAA